AUGACUUCAUGGACUUCAUCUCAAUUCCUGUAUGAAGAAACCAAGCCAUGUGGUAUUCAAUUCCUGGAACGUUUCAAACGUUCAGGCAGACUCUCCUUCAAGCAAUACCAAGCCCUAGUCUUCACCUUGACCUUCGUCGCUUACAUCGCCUUCCACGCUGCUAGAAAGCCUAACAGCAUUGUCAAAGGCACCCUCUCCGCGUCAACAGUCAGAGGAGGUUGGUCUCCCUUUGAUGGACCAGAUGGAACAGCCUUGCUAGGACAAAUCGACUUGGCUUUCCUCUCUGUCUACGCAGUUGGGAUGUUUGUUGCUGGUCACUUGGGAGAUCGUUUGGAUCUCAGGACGUUUCUGACCAUCGGUAUGAUAGGCACCGGCCUUUUCACAGCUCUUUUCGGAGUCGCCUUUUGGGCGAACUUCCACAGCUUCUAUUACUUCUUGGCCGUUCAGGUUCUGGCUGGGUGGUUUCAGUCCAUAGGUUGGCCUUGUGUUGUGGCCGUGCUUGGGAACUGGUUUGACAAGAAGAGAAGAGGAAUGAUUAUGGGUGUUUGGAGUGCUCACACUUCACUUGGUAACAUCACAGGCUCUCUACUCGCAUCAGGGCUGCUUAGAUAUGGGUGGGGUUGGUCAUUUCUUGGACCAGCUUUGCUUAUAACUUUCCUCGGUCUCGUUGUUUACUUUUUCUUGCCUGUUAACCCUCCCACCGUUGGUGCUGAGAGAGAUGGCACUGAAGUUGACUCUACAAUGAGGCUUGGUGACACCAUUACAGAGAGCUUCUUGGGGUCUAGAAUGAGCACUGGCCUCGAUAGAAAAGCAAUAGGGUUCACAGCUGCUUGGAAGAUCCCUGGUGUUGCACCUUUUGCCUUCUGCCUCUUCUUCACCAAGUUGGUGUCAUACACUUUCCUCUACUGGCUUCCUUUCUACGUCAGUCACAACAUGAUUGGAGGAGAGUACCUGUCGGAAGAGACAUCAGGAAACUUGUCAACACUCUUCGACGUUGGAGGCGUGGUGGGAGGAAUCUUAGCAGGAUACGUCUCUGACCAGCUCGACGGCAGAGCCAUCACAGCAGCAGGAUUCAUCUACCUAGCCAUCCCAGCCCUCUUCCUAUACAGAAUCUACGGACACAUCUCACUAACAAUCAACAUCAUCCUCAUGUUCAUAUCAGGAGUCUUUGUCAACGGACCUUUCGCUCUCAUCACAACAGCUGUCUCAGCUGAUCUCGGUACACACAAGUCUCUAAAAGGCAAUGCCAGAGCCUUGGCUACAGUCACAGCUAUUAUAGAUGGUACGGGAUCCGUUGGUGCAGCGAUUGGACCGGUCUUAACCGGUUACAUCUCUGAGAUUAGCUGGGACGCUGUGUUUUACAUGCUGAUGACUGCUGCUUUUAUCUCUGGUUUGUUGCUUACUAAGCUUAUUAUAACGGAAGUGAAAGCUAUGUUGUAUGGAUCAGAAGAGGAAGGUGGAGUUGCUACGACGUCGUCGCCAGCAACCAGAGCUCCUAUUGAUGUUCUCCUCUAA